AUGCAGGUACCUCCGCAAGCGAAUACCAACCCGAACGCUAAGUCCAAUCCAAGAAUCCUCAUUCUCGGGGCCGGUGUCGCAGGUAUCACUGCAGCCCGAACGCUUUACCGCAACGGUCACCACAACUUUCUGGUAAUCGAGGCUCGAGAUGAAAUCGGUGGUCGACUCCGCUCGCACACUUUUGGGAACGGUACAACUAUUGAGUUAGGCGCGAAUUGGGUACAGGGGACUCAAGUAGGGGACGGACCGUCCAAUCCCAUCUGGGACCUGGCUAGGAAGCAUAAUGCCAGGACUGUGUUUAAUGACUACUCGAGCAUCACAACCUACGAUGGAUCGGGUCUUGUGAAUUAUACCAACGUUGUUGACGAUGCAGCAGAUAAUCUGGACAAAAUCAGCAGAUUGGCGGGCAAGAGAGUGGCUGACAAUCUUGUCGACUUGAAUGCUCGAGAAGGAUAUUCUCUCGUAGGAGCGAAACCUCAAUCAUCCCAUGAUAAGGUUGCGGAGUAUUUCAAUUUUGACUGGGAAUACGGGGAUACCCCUUCAGCGACCUCUUUGGCUGCCGCCGGGUUGGUAAGGGUAUCUCAAGGUACCUUCUCCGACGAAGCCCGACUUUCCAUUGAUCAACGUGGCUUCAAGGUCAUCAUAACUGCAGAGGCGAAGGAAUUUCUGCGGCCUUCUCAAUUACUACUAUCCUCGACGGUCAGAACCAUCGGGUAUGCACGUUCGGGCGUGCGGGUCACUCUGGCUAACGGGACAUUGAUUUUUGGUGAUUAUGUGCUCUGUACGUUCAGCUUGGGCGUGCUUCAAAAUGACGAUGUCAGGUUUGAGCCUGAGCUACCCGAUUGGAAGAUGGAAGCUAUCCAAUCUGUGACCAUGACUACUUACACCAAGGUAUUCCUGCAAUUCUCGCGCAAGUUUUGUUGGGACUUUAUGCCGACAAGGAAAGAGGACGCUAUCCUUCACGGUGCGGCCUCGCCUUCCACCCAUCGCAUCUUCUUGCUGACCCUUGACUCGCCAAAGGGCCAAUACAGCGAGCGUAUCGAGGCUCUUCCGGAUCAACAGGUACAGUCAGAAGUGAUGGGGGUCUUGCACUCCAUGUUUCCGAAGACAGAUAUUCCGCCACCUUCUGAUUUCUUUUUCCCUCGCUGGCACUCCGAUCCGCUGUACAGAGGAUCGUAUUCCAAUUGGCCAGCUUCCUUUACUCGCGAGCACCACGAUAACCUCCGCGCAAGCAUUGGCUGCGGUAAACGAAAAAGGCUUUGGUUUGCCGGCGAGGCAACGAGUUUGAGGUACUUUGGUACGUUCAGCUUUCUGAUGUUAUCUGUCAUCUAUUGA